AUGAGCGAGAGACUAUCGGGGCCCCACUUCUUCCCCUAUCGCAGGGUCUUUUUCGACCAGCAGGUGGCGAAGGAAGAAUCUGCCUAUCCAGUCGCUGGCCCCUUGACCGGGACGGUUGCAGGACGACGCAACAUCCAGGUGCGUCAACGGAAACUGAGUGCCGAUCUGGCUGCAAAAAUCUUUCAAGAAAGAACAUCCGAUCCAACGAGCAAGUAUGUGGAGAGCGAGGUGAUCGCCAAGUUCUAUGGGAUCAGCUCCAAGACCGUCCGUGACGUAUGGGAUAGGAAAUCGUGGGCAAGACACACAAAGAACUUGGUUCAUACAUUCAAGGAGCUUCCGCAGGCACAAAGGCAGAAAUCAGAGCCCAACCAACCGUCGCCGUCGCAAACGGAUAAGACCCACGAGAAUCCUCAGGAUAGUUGCAUGCGGUUCUUGGUGAGCGAAAAAUGUGAGCAAGGUGAAGGAGGAGGCGAGUCUGCAUGCUCCAGCGCGCCUUACGUCGAAUCUUGUUUGUCGAGAUCAAAUGUGCGGCGGAGCUCUUCCUCCUGCGACGAGAGUGAUGCAAGCUUCGGACCCACCCGGUGGUCACGGGAGGAGAGCACUUGCGAGUGCUUGGAUCAAUCCAGCCAAGAGGGCCCCAACGAGAUGGAGGAGAUUGCGGUUGGCUCGAUGGAAUUCUGUAUGCCUGAAGACACAAGUGAGUGGUGCCUACAACCAAGAGAAGCUCAGCGAGGUUUGGGCUGA